AUGACUAAAAAAAAUACAUAUAACCCUGACAUGGUUCAAGAGAAAGAAGCAGAAAUUGGGAAAGGUAUCAAUGAAGGUAAAAACAACAAAAGAAUCAUGAUACCUGUUGAAGGUUCGGAAUAUGAUGAGGAUCAAGUUGUAAGAAGGAAAGUUGUUAUUAAAGACCUAAAGUUCCUCAAAUACGAAAAAGAAUAUAUGACAAGAUCUACUAAUGAGUCGAAUUGGACAAGAGCAGGUUAUAAUGGUUCUUUAGCUAACGUAGUUAAUAAGGCUGUUAAAAAAAUACAAAAAACUUCAAUUAGUAACACCUGA